AUGGAUGCCGCCUCCGAGUCCACCCAGCACCAAGAUGCGCGAAAGCUCAUCGAGGAGUCGCUGAUGUUCAACCGGGAGAAAAUCAUCAUCAUGGGCACCGACCCGUCCAGCCCCUCUUUCGUCGCCUGGUUCAUGAUAUCCAGCUACUUCCCUGUUUUCGCCGCCUGUUUGGGCCCAAUCGUCAACAUGAUCGCCGUGGCCGGGAUCGUGGACAAGUGGGGCAUGCACCAGGGCCAUUUCGUCCCGGACCCGCCCGGCAUUUUCGCCGUCAACGUCAUCUCCCUUGUGAUUGGCUGUUCCUCCAACCUGGUGCUGUUGCUACAUUUUGCCAAAAAAGUGUCGUAUGUGCGCGCACAGCUUUUCAACAUAAUAGGAUGGAGCAUCGCCGCCGGCAUGUUGCUCAUAGCCGUCAUCGUCGACAGCUACCGCGACAUGCGCCACGGCCACACGCGCACCAUCGGUUUUUGGUACGCGUGCAUCACCGUGGCGCUGUAUGCGCUCUGCACCAUCUUACUGUGCGUGCAUUUCCUAGGGUUCCACAAGGGCCACUAUCCCGCCACUUUCAACCUCACAGACAGCGAGCGCAACGUCAUGAUCUUUACCUGCGUGUUUUCGCUCUGGUUCAUAUGGGGGUCCGCCAUGUUUUCGCAACUUUUAAACGUGACUUUUGGCAACGCACUCUACUUUUGCACAAUCUCCGUUCUCACUGUUGGCCUGGGCGAUUUGGUACCGACCACGGUGGCUGGUAAAAUCAUGAUUCUGAUUUUUUCGUUAACCGGCGUCAUCAUUCUCGGUUUGAUUAUCGGGAUGACCAGAGGCGUCAUACAGUCCUCUUCGGGUCCCGUGCUAUUCUUCUACACGGUGGAGACUGCAAGAGUGAAAGCGCAGGAAAGGCUUUUGGCAAAUAUUGGCAACACCAAGAACAGGGAUUCCUUCGAUGAAAUUAACAAGAUCAGAAAGGUCUCCAAGUUUAAGCAGCAGAAGUGGACCCUUCUCUCAACUUUUUUCGUAUUUCUCACUUUCUGGCUGGUGGGCGCUCUUGUUUUUUUCUUCGCAGAGGGCUGGUCCUAUUUCAAUUGCAUUUACUUCUGCUUUCUCUGUCUGAUCACCAUUGGGUAUGGUGACUUUGCCCCCAGAACAGGAUGCGGGAGGGCCUUCUUUGUGACAUGGGCCAUUGGAGCAGUACCGUUAAUGACUGCAAUCAUCUCCACGUUUGCGGAUAACCUUUAUGCGAUGGCAGUUAAUUUAGAAAUUAGCAUAAUCAAGCUCUCCGAAUGGGUAACAAUUCCUGCAUUUUCAUGCUACGAUUGGUGCGUCCGUCAUUUUUCCAAGUGGAACCGUUACAGCGCGUCGAAAAGCACUUCCACGAGCAGUGAGACCAGCUCCGACCCAACGGAUUCUUGUCAACGGAGUGUUGACGAGGAACUGGGUUCUUCCAGAGAUGCAACUUUUCCUCUAUCUUCAAGCGCCAACCGCACGGAUUAUAGAUCAAAUUCUAUCCGCAUGAAAACGACAGAUGACAAUCACAGCCGCUCACAAAGCCUACCUGCAGAGGAAUCAAAACUAGUAGAAGAACUAGGUGCCCUUCUAGGGUCGGUGAAAUGGCUGCAACAGCUCUCAAGGAAUGAUGCACGCACGAAAAUUACUUUCGAACAAUGGAUGAGACUAUACGACGUUAUUCAAGAAGAAGGCUACGCUGUAUCAGAUGACCCAAGCUUUUGGUUAUCAGAAAAGUCUCCUUUGAGAUACCCUCUUGAUGAGCCUCGGUACAUCAUGUACAGAUUACUGACUAGUAUCGAGAACGACAUUCAAGAUAUAAUUACUCGGUUAAAAGACCAAAAACCGCAUGAUGAUAGUGCGUCAGAAUAG